GGAGAGAGAGAGAGAGAGGCUGAGAGACUGAGUGAUAGAGAAAGCGCACGCGAGAGAGAAAGAGAGAGAGAGAGAGCAACUGUGUGACAGAGGGAAAGAGAACAAGGCAGACUGCUUAGAGGAGUGAGAGAGCCAAGGACGAAAUAAGGAACACAUUUUACAAGAGCUGGAAGAGGGAGAAUCGCAGACGAGGGACUCCUUCUCUACUGGGCACCUGGGACACAGACACUGUUCUUUUUUUUCCAGUCGUCUUCUAGCUGGAACCCAGUGGAUUGACUAACCAACCGGUGGAUUUUUUAAUAUAUACGCUUGUGCCACAGUAUUUAGAAACUGGGAUAAUUUCCCUGUGUUAUCUGCUCUCUAGCUGGGCCGGCCGCUACGGACUGAGAUUGCUUUCUGGUUCUGUGCUCGACUCUCAUGUUGUGAUUCUGCUCCGUGCACAAAGUGCAUUUGUCGGCAAACGGUGCUGAAGAUAUCUCCCCUCUGUCAAACAGGACAGCACGCAGCCACCGUCGGAUCAGACUACAGAGGAGAGAGAGAGAGAGAGAGAGAGACAGUGUGUGUAUGUAAGAGAGGGAAAGAGAGAGAGGGGCAGCGAGAGAGAGUCAGAUUCACAGUGUGUUUGAGAGGGAGGCAGAUUAAAGCCCAGGCGAAAGACUGGAGUGAAACAGCUUAAAUAGAGAAGUGAACCUAUACGUCCUCUCCCGUUUUCCUUGCCAUCCCUUUCCUCCUCCUCUCCUCCUCCUCUUCCUCUCCCGUUUUCCAACAUUCACAGGACUGCCAGAGCUACUGCCACCUGCGCCUCUUCACGUCUUCUCUUUCCUCUUCUUCCUCUACCUCACCCUUAUCACGCGUUACUAUCCGAUACCAGCCACUGACGGACACGCUGCUCUUGGUUUCUAGCACUUGUGGAAAUAUUUCCAUUGAUCCAGCAGUGAGAGACUGAGUGAGCAUCCGCCCGAUACUGAGGCUCCGGACCGGUGAGGCACCGUUUGUCAGGAGCUUCCACAUCAGAGGCAGACCUUCUCUCAGCCGCUGUCCGGCACGCAGACCCUGCCUUUUUUCCCUUGAGGACUGGCUAGCGACACAGUGGUGCCGACAGUAAAGACAGGAAUCACACAGCUCCUCUGCUGUCUCUAUCCCAUUGCUAGCUACUUGGCAGCUCCCGCCCCCGUGUCACCAUUCCCUGCCUCAGUGCUAAGGAUUCCAGCUACAUGGGCAAGCGAUUGGAGCAGCAGCCAAUGUACCCUCAGUACACCUACUACUACCCCCACUAUCUCCAGACCAAGCAGCCCUAUGCUCCACCCCCUCAUCCCAUGGCUCCUCCCAGCCCUAGCACCAACAGCUGCAGCCAGGGAGGGGCAGAGCAGCUGAGUAAGACCAACCUGUAUAUCCGAGGCCUGCCACCUGGGACCACCGACCAGGACCUCAUCAAACUCUGCCAACCGUAUGGAAAAAUAGUGUCAACCAAGGCCAUUCUGGAUAAGAACACCAACCAGUGCAAAGGCUAUGGCUUUGUGGAUUUUGACAGCCCAGCUGCAGCACAGAAGGCCGUGUCGUCUCUCAAAGCCACCGGGGUGCAGGCCCAAAUGGCCAAGCAACAGGAGCAGGACCCCACCAACCUGUACAUCUCCAACCUGCCAGUGUCUAUGGAUGAGCAGGAGCUGGAGAACAUGCUGAAGCCCCUGGGUCACGUCAUCUCCACGAGGAUAUUGAGGGAUGCCAACGGGGUUAGCAGAGGAGUCGGCUUCGCCAGGAUGGAGUCCACAGAGAAAUGUGAAGUAGUGAUACAGCAUUUCAAUGGAAAAUACCUGAAAACCCCACCAGGCAUUCCAGCUCCCACGGAGCCUUUGCUGUGCAAAUUUGCCGACGGAGGGCAGAAGAAACGCCAGAGCCAGAGCAAGUACCCUCAGAACGGGAGGCCGUGGCACAGAGAAGGCGAGACUGGCAUGGCGUUAACAUAUGAUCCCGCUGCAAUGCAGAAUGGGUUCUACUCCUCGCCUUACAGCAUCGCCACCAACCGCAUGAUUGCACAGACCUCCAUCACGCCCUUCAUCGCUGCUUCCCCCGUUUCCACAUAUCAGGUCCAGAGUACGUCAUGGAUGCCUCAUCAACAAUAUGUUAUGCAACCUACAGGUGCAGUGAUCACGCCAGCCAUGGACCACACUAUGUCCAUGCAGCCUGCCAGCAUGAUGGGCCCUAUCACCCAGCAGAUGAACCAUCUGUCCCUGGGCACUACAGGAAGUUACAUGACUGCUGCAGCUGCCGCGGCGCCUAUGCAAGGGACCUACAUUCCCCAGUACACUCCUGUGCCUCCAACAGCCGUCCCUGUCGAAGGAGUGGUGACGGACGCCUCCCCCCAGACAGUGGCUCCCUCGUCACAGGAGGUGGCUGGCCAGCAGCAACAGAUCCAGGUGGACAGUGCUGGUGACCAUGUUUCUGCUUACUCAUACCAGUCCAAAUAGCAACGGCCUGAGCGAAUGUUCCCGUGACAGCGUUGCCUUGAGACAGAAGGUGGCUGCACUGUGAAUGUGAGGAAAAGAGAAAAGAAAGAGAUUGCUUCCCGAUUGCCCAGGCACCAAAAAAGAGACACUUUUUUCAUUUCCUACCUGGCCUACGAGAAAAAAAAAUGCAAGAAGGAGGUAAAGAGUGCUGAGGAAGGGGAUGGGGAAAUUGCUGGGCACAGUGCAAAGAAGUGAAAUUGUUUAGUCUGGGAACCUGCCUGAAGGGCUGGGCUGAAGCUUGAAAAGUUUCUAAAAGAAAAGUCUCAACCAAUUUAAAAAAAAGAAGAAAAAACAAAAUAAAAAAAAUGACAAAAAAAAGGUUGAAUGCGCAGGUAGGUGAUGAAGUUUAUUUUGUAAUUAGAAAAUGGGAGUCAAGUUUGAGAUACACACAGAGAUUGUCUUCCUCAGAUAUUAAGCUACAAUUUCUUUUCACUCUUUUUUAUGUUCUAGUGUUAAAUUUUAGUUUUCUAGAUAUAUUCGAAAACAAAGUGUUUUUUCUUUCUUGAAUCUUCAUGGCCUUAAUUUGAAGGGCGCCAGAAACUUUUUACAGAGUUAAAGUCUGACGUCUGGUUAGGAAAAAAAAAAAAAAGCAAACAAAAUCAGUCUCUUGGACCACUUGGAGGGUACAAGAUACUGGAUGAGUUGUUCUAAAGAGGAAAAAAGAAUCUAUCACAUAAGCUGUACAGAUUUAAUAGAGAAGAGCUUUUUUUCGUUUCUUCAUUAGAAGAAAACUUUGAUAAUUAUUAUGUCAGAGGUAACUAAGUGUCAGAAGAAAACAAAAUGUCUGUUGGGGAAAAAGACUUGGGGGAGGGUAGUGUGUGGGGGGGAGCUUUAAAGAGAUUUUUCACAAUGAGGAAAAAAUGAAAACAUAAGAAAACAUGCUGCAUUGUGGAUGCAGUCUGUUGCAAAUGCUGAACUUGUUUUUUAUUAUCAUAAUUAUUAUUUUACAUGGCAAAGUUGCUGUCAAUGACAUUAGUGCUUUUUAUCUGCCACAUUUUACCUUUUUUAUGAGCUUUAAGAUGUUUUUAGCCCGCUUUGCUUGUCACACUGCAAAAACGAAAAAAAAGAAAAAAGAACAAGAAAAAAAAAAUUAUAAAAUGAACAAAAAAAAAACUACAGAAAGAAUUCUGGCAGUGAAAUAAAAAUUCAGUAGAUUCAGUAGGAGCUUACGGUUUAAACCAAUCAGUGCAAAAGCAAUAGAAGAAAUUGUUGACAAUUUCUGUAGUCUUUCCUAGUUGUGGAUCAAAUGCAGCCCAUGGAUGGCCAUUUUUAUACCAAAGAUGAAGAGACACUCUGAACCAGAGUUUUUUUGUUUUGUUUUGUUUUGUUUUCCUUUUCAUUUUUCAGUUUGAUUUUGUUGUUGUUGAUGUUGUUGUUGUUGAUGAUGUUAAUGUUGAUAUUGUUGUUGUUGUUGUUGCUGUUGUCGGUGUUUUUUAUUUGACCUUGAUGGCCGGACCAGUCCUUACUAUCCUUCUCGACAUCUUCUUUUCACUGAGUUUAAGCUAGUUUUCCACGGUUGUCCAAGCUGUUACACACACACACACACACACACACACACAUACACACUUAUGUACACAUAUCCAAACAUGCACACACUUACUGUACAAACUCAGACAUAUACAUCAGACAGUAUUUAAAGUGUGAUGCAACCAGUGGCAGUCCUACCAAAAGUCCUUUCUCUUCUUCUCUUCUUGUCUUUUCAUUUCUUUAUAUGUCUCAUCACUUUCACGACGCUUUCACACACCCUGGGUGCAUUCCACCUCUCUCACUCUCUCUCUCUCAGAUCCUGCAGGGAAAACUUUAGGAAACAGAUUGUGGAAUGUUGCUUGCUACACUCCGACACAUUGCUUCAAGCUUCGUCCUCUUAGUAAUGUCUGUCCUCAAUCUCUUUAUCUCUUUAAUUCAGCCAUAACUAACUCAAUCAUUUCUCAGCAUACUGAGCGUCAGUGUUGAACUGGGAAUCUCCCUGCUGCUGUUUGACCUCAUGUUACUCUCUGUAGUGAAGAUAUCGCUAAACCUAGGGCACUUUUUUUGAGUAUUUACCUGCCUGAUGAGUGGCGGUUGCUGCAUAAAACAGAAUUACAAAUCGGACUUUAAAGCAGUGAUUGCAUGAACUUUAUGGCACUUCAAGGUACUGACUUAACCUAUUUUGCAUCCAAUGCAUUUUAAAACAACUAGUAAUGACAUGCUUAAAAGAAUAGUUCAACAUUUUUCAGAGAUAAGCUUAUUUGCUUUCUUCCUGAGAUGAGAAGAUCGAUUUCACUCUCUUGUCUUUAGGGAUACAUAUAAAGCUACUGCCAGCAGCUGGUUAGCUUAGCUUAGCACAAAGGCUGGAAACAGAGGGAAACAGCUAGCCCGGCUCUGUCCGAAGGUAACAAAAUCCGUCUACCAGCACCUCUAAAGCUGACUAAUUAACAAAUUAAAGUUAUGUCUCAUUUAGUUAAUAUGUACAAAAAACAUGUAAGGGUCAAAAUGACACUUGGUGGUGUCACAGGGGGUUAUGUGCCAGACCAUUUCUUGGACAGACUUAGUAAUGUACUGCAGUCUUGUCAUCACUGUGAGGUUGACAGGAAACCAGCAGAAAAUGAAAGAAAUCACUGUGAAGAAAUGUCACACAAUUCCUUUAAAACACAUCCGAAGGGAAGCUAAAUUGACUCUUUUACUCACUGAGAGGAUAUCUGUAACCCAGGGAACACUUGCUUUGUAAGACCUGUUUGCAUUGUAAGACUACCAUCAUUUUGUGACACUAACAAGGCAUGGACGACGUGUGUUUAAAAGCUAGAAGAGGACUGUCUGUCUUGAACAUCCCCCUGAUCAUUUGCCACAAGCAGGGGAGGUCAGCACACCUGUGGGAACUAACUAGGCUCCUCACCAGCCGUAACAAGAUGUUGAUGGCAUCUCCUUCCUCGACCCUUCCUCUGAGUGUCAGUUACACCCCUGGUUGUCUCAAUUUGUUGCACAAACAACCCCGUCUCAUCUUAUCCUGUCUUUCCAUCCCAAAGCUGUGUGAGGUUUUCAAUGACUUCAUCUCUGAGGAUUGUCCCCUGAAGAAAUUGCCUGUGGGACGGCGGCCAUUUCUGCCCCCAUUACAGCAGCCUGUGUGUGUCGAGAGCGCUAUGUGGGUCUGUUCUGUUCGUCCAUGUCCGCCGGUACUGCCCCACUGUGGUGCUACCACGCUAAAAAGACCCCAUUUUUUCCCUGCAUCACUGGCACCAUUAAUGUGCCAUGGCCAAGCCAGGCUCCUUUUGCUCUCAUUUUCCUUCAUUCUUCCUCCUCUCUCGCGCUCUCUCUGAGGCUUCUUCUCUUUAUUGGAUGGUGCAGAAGCAGAACCACAAACCAAUUUCAGUCACUCUCGCAAUGAGGCUUGACGGGCCCAAUUUGUCUCCCUCCGGGGCAAUAGGAUCCACUCCAGUGUCCCUCAAAAGACCCUUUUCUUCCAGACAGAGAGGGAGCUUUUUUUUUUGGUGACAAUUGCAAUUGAGCUCUUGCAGUUCAUGUGACUCAUUCAAAUUGAAGUCCAACGCUGCAUUUUGGGACAUGAUGGCAUGUUGUGCACAUUACAGGCAAGCUAUGUCAUCGUGCCUGGCAAUGUUUGUAACUAACAAUCAAAUUGUACAUCGAGUGCCUUUAAACGAAGCUUCCAAAUGAUUCCAAAUUAUCUGUGUGAUAGUUUAAAAAAGCAAAGCACAUGGAAGAGCUUGUUUGAUUCAGUUGUUGCUAAAGAAAUGCUACACAAUAUCGAAGCCACUCUAUGGUGCUAAGGAGGAAGCGGUCUCGGGCUCGUGCCUUCAUUGUGUUCACUUAUCUCUGUGACGACCUGGCCACUGUUGAUCAUUUGGCCAUAAACUCACUCUUAACAAGCCACCUGUCCACACAGGUUUCUGAAGUGAACUACAGUGUCAAAGCCAUAUGUACAUUAUAUUUUCCUCAGUCACAAUGUUGAUUAUUUUCUUCCAUCCACCAAUGGAGGUUAUUCAAACUGUCUCUCAAUGACCGUUGAGCUGUUUAUUGUCCAAUCAAAUCAACACCUGCCCUUUUCUUUUCAUCUGAUCUGACACUCAACAUCUGCCUUUACUUGUCUCGAGGCAACAAUUUGCUCUUAUCUCCCAGUGAAGAAGUCCCUGCCAUAUAACCAUCUUUAAUAGCAAACAACUGACAAAUGUUGGGUUUUAGAGCUGCCUGGACUCGCCCACAUUGCUCAUCUGUUCAUCAUUAACUCUUUCUGUUACAUUUCUGAGUCAUUUUAAGUGUCCUAAUUAAACAACGGAGCUGCUAAACUAUAACUUUACCAGUUUUAAGCUAGUAUGUGUGUGCCUGUGUGCUUGUUUGAAGAGUUGUUCUGCUCAACAGUACAGCUUUUAGCAAGGUUAUGAAUACAGCAUAGCUAUAACCAAGUUCUCUCGACUUUUAGAGCUGCUGUUUUAAAGAGUAUAGAAGACAUUUUUUAAACGUAAUAGGACUCAUAAUGCAGGAGUUGCACAUCGGAGAGCAGAGCGUCCUACAAAUGGCCUGAGAUUCAAUAGUAAUGGCAUUAUGGGAAAUAGGAUUACAAAUAGCCAAGAGAUUAUGGAAAAACUGCACAACAAAGAAUAUCAGAUCUAUUUUGCUAAUGAAGAUUCAAGAAAGAAACAUAUUAAGGCAGGUGUUUGCUUUUGGCGUACAGUACCAAUAUUUCACAGAUCUAAAAGAUUACCCGACUGAACAAACAGAAAUGGCUUUUUCUUAAUAGCACAAUGGUAUAAUGUACCUUUUCACAAUACCAAUACCUUUGUGGAAGUGUACAGAAGGCAUGCUUGCAAUUUUAAGGAGGCUGUAGCAGAAACGCUCUGCUCCCAGUCAGCCCAUGUGUCAGCACAAACCAGGAGCCAGCUAUACCAAGAGAGAAAGUGUAUGUGUGUAGGAAAGUAAAAGAGGGGGAUCAUUAGCUCCUGUUGCCGGGCAGAAGUGGUCAUAGCCUGGAGUUUCUUCAUCUUCAUGCUGCAGUAUGUCCCCUGCACUGAACUCCAGGAGGUGAAUCAGCUUGACCCAUCACUAAUUAGCCACACACACUCUUCCUUUCCUUCACCAUCACACUAAGAUCACACUCUCCUUUAUACACUCAAUAUACCCGCUCAUCAUUUUCGAUCUCUUCCAUUCUUCAGUUUUGUAUUUGACAUUUACCAUACACUAGCCUUCCAUUUGUUUGCAGCAGUCGCUCUGCCUUCCUCCCCCGUUCAAGUCAACAUCAGCAUCUUUCUCAGCUUUUGGAAAACGUCAGAAGUCAAAGACUCACAUUCUGCUGCUUUGUCAACAUCUUGGGAUCUCUCCUAUUCUUAGAGAGGAUUGGCCAGAGAUCCAGAGGCUUCUUUCACUGAAUUUGCAAUGUGCAAGCCGCAAUUUGCAACAUGACAUCAUGUCCUCUUGUGUAAAUCUUGACACAUUUCACUCAUCAAAACAAACAGCCGUACUUGUGACCCAUGCAUAAUAAGUAUGAAACUUGUCCAAGCACUGCUCGCAAUACCUUUUGUGAAACGGGUUCAAGGAUUAUAGGCUAAGUUGCCACCAAGGAAGUUGGAGGUGUAACUCAUUGGCAUGUCAUUCAUAUUGCUGAAUAAAGGUCAGGAUGAUAUUGUUUGCUGCUAUAGUGCCAAAAGCUUAUGCAAUCAUAUAUUAAAGACUUAAGGUUUUUUUUGUGAGAUCUGAUAUCUGAAGUAAUAUAUAAAUUACCACAAUGCAGUAAAUCUUACUCAUCUGGUGCCCCAAGGUAAUCUAAUCAGAGGCACAGAAUUGUUUUCCAACUACUGUUUGACACAGGCAGUCGGACUUAUACUAUACAUUUGGAGCAAAUGAGGGGAAAUAAAAAAUGUAAUUCCCCAUCAGUUCUCUUUGGAUAACACACACUCUCUACAAGGUAAAUCUGAUCUUCUGUGAGCUUACUUUCUCUGAUAAACACAGAUCUUGAGACUUUAUCUACAUCCUGGAUUUCUCCUGUCUCAGUAUUUCAAGGCGAGGUGCUUACUUAACUGCCUUCUUUUAGAAAGAAUUCUCAAUCCGUCCCUAACUCACUGUUUCUCACAAUCACUGCCGCCAUCCCUAAAUCUGACAUGUUCCAGAAAGUCAUUCAUGCAAUAUGGCUUCCCCCGCUGUCGCAGGAGUAAACUCAUUAGAUGUAUUACAUGUCAUACUCACUUGUCGUGAGGCUCUUGCGGAUUCAUUCUCGUGAAGGGAGUUGUAGCCAUUCCACAUUGAUUCUCGUGUGUUAGGAAAACAGUUACUCAGUUUGGAGUUACUCUCACAGCCCGUCCCCCACAGAGUGUAAAGUAGAACCGUGGCUCAAUAACUCAUCACAGACUAGCACAUACACACUCACACACACUCUCCACACACAUAAUGCAGUGGGAAAAUUGCUCAAACUACCCCCCGAGAGAGCAGGGGCCCUGUGCUUUUUAAUUGAUGCUUCGGUCCACCUUUGAUGAGAGCUAUCGAUUGGCCACACAACCCCAGGAGCGCAGCCAGCCAGCACCCCCCCUUCCUCGCGGAGUUCAAACAGCUCCCUGAGAUAUACAAAAUCCAACAAUCACGAGGAAAUGGCCGACCAAAUUGUUUAGAGAUAGCAAGCACAGAAGGUGCGUUAGGCAUGGGAUUCAUUUACCAGAUAUAAAGAGGAACUAUUUAUUAGGACAGCAGAGCGGUUUUUAAUUUGUUUUUUGUUAGUUUUCUCUUUUUGUUUGUUUUGGUUUGUUUUUCACUUUUCUUUGUUUCAGCGCCGAGGAGGACAUGGUCACGCCUCGCACACGCUGCUCAGUGUGUGUGAUCUUUGAGAAACUAUCUGUACAUCUGUGGAUGUUAGGAUUUGACUUGGGUUUUAUGAGUUGUUUUUUUUCUCUCUGAUGAAGCUUUCAAUAAAAAAAAAUGUGUAAAAAAGCA